CAAAGUUCAAAAACAAAGUCUGGGACUUAAUAAUCUGAUGAAAGAGCUCGUCGGAAGGAAACUGUUUUUCAUGUUUGUCGGAUAAGCCAGUUAUUGUUAUCAAAAUCCCAAUCGAUGAUUUAUUGCUCGUCUAUUGUUCUCUCAAGUUCUAGAAUAAAAGAAUAAAUUACUGCCAGUACUUCAGCGGCAGAAGUUGCCUUAAAACACUUACUGGCUUUCCUUUGGUUCUAUAAUCUUUUGCUUUCUUUGUUUUAACUUUUUUAUCUUUAAUCUACUUUCUUUCUUCGUAUUGUUCUUUCUUUUAUUUUCUUUCUGUUCUUUUGUGCUUUUUCAUUUAGAAUUUAUGUAUUUUUUCCUCUCCUGUUUUCUUUUCUUUGAGUCCCUCACAUCGUUUUCUCGAGCCACUUGUAUAAGAAGUGCUGUAGGAAUGACUCGGGGGCUUGUAGACCCUACGCCCUUCUCUCUAUCAGCGCUUAUUUUCUCUCCGAUUUCUGAGGCGAUUAGCACUCCGGGCGAAAAUGUCACGUGUCACGUGUCACGUGCUGCAAGCGCCUACCUGUUCGUGGCACCAUGACGACCGAACCGCAAUCGUAUCUUAAGUUUCCGGAUCUGUCGCCUUUUGUUCCCGGACAGGGUCGGAAACAGGUUGGCAAAGAAGCUUGACAACUUCACCUGGGAAGGUAGGCGAGGACAGAUUUGUUUUCUGACAUUCGGAGAAUGCACGAGCGCUGUCAGAUGUGAAGUGUGCUUCCCUCCUCACCUGAUCUUGGUGUGAUAAAAACUGGGGAGAAAAUGCGCGAUAAUGAAUCAGAAGUCAAAAGCUUCAGCUCAAAAGAUUACUACCAGUACUCGGUUUACUCUUCUAGUCUACCCGGCCGACCCGACAUUCUCCACGGUCGUCUGCAUUAACGUCUCGCGGUCGUCAGGUGCAGUAGGUGGGUGACGUCACAUAGUGCUGGACACGCAUGGCUUCCUCGGGCACAGACCAGCAGCAGAAGCCGGACAGCUCGCAGGCUCCCACAAAGCGACACCGCUGGCAGCAGAAAAUCAAGGAUCACGCGAACGCUACUGGCGCCACCAUGGCGCCGCCCAGCGACAGCGCCGACCUCGUGGCCGAGCGGCUUCAGAUGGUGUUGGAGCGGCUGUAUGGCCCCCAGUACCGUGCGGCUCAAAAGUUUCUCAAGAACCGAACUCUGAACAAGAUGAACACCAAGCAGCCAGGCAUGACGCUGUACGACCGAAUCAUGGCCUACCGGAAGCUGAAGGAAGAAGAGGCCCCAAGCUCAGCGACUCAGGAGGGCUCGUCCAGCGCUGGCGGUUCCCAAGAGGUCAACAGCACUCCUCCGGCAAAGCGGAAGCUGGGGUCGUCUCGCGCUCUCGAACGCAGCGACACGUCCUUCUCCUCUGUGGACAUAUCCGACCUGACCAACUUCGAUGAAGAGAAAAACCGAACGCCAACGCCACCGCCCACCCUGGAGAAGGCCGCCCGGUCUUCAAAGGUAUUAUCCUCCAGCCAUACAAGCUCUCCAAGUGUAAAGACAGGCAAAAACAAGGUUCGACCCACCGUGUCUACUCGCAGGGCCUGGGAAGAAAAUUCUUCCCCCGGAGUAACUCGGAGUUUGUCGGAGAAAGAUCGGGUUUCAUCGGAGAAAGAUCGGGUUUCGUCAGCCGUGCAUGACGGGAGGCUGCCAGAAGUUGACGAGCAAGGGCAGAAGUCCCCGGUGAUAAAGCAAUUGCACCCUGCCUACUUGGAAAUUCCUUACAUAGUAGCGACUAAUGGGCAUUAUUCCACCUUUGCGUAUCUCUUUCGGUCCAAGUCUGUGCCUGACAUUGUUCUAGGGACGGACACGAGUGACAAUCUCGACUGCAAGGCCGGUCCUCCUCCAGGUCCAAUCUCGGCUGGUGCGAGAGGCAGACGAGAUCGCAGGAGCAGUCGUCGAAGCUUUCAGGCCAGCAAUGAUCUAAGUUUAGCUCAGAAAGUGCUGCUGGCGAGGCGGGUAGAGAUGUAUCUCGCGGCGCAACAAUCGCAGAGGGGGGACCAGGGGACGUAUGAAGAGAUGGCGACGGCACGUGAAGUGCACGUGGAGCUUGAUGACAGGCAGAACAGGAUCAGUCAAAAUGAACGGACAAAGCAGGAAAGCCGACAAUUAAAACGACAGACCAGCAUUGAGUAUGAAGAGGAGGAGAAGGUUAAGAACAAGAGCGAGGUCAAGGUUGUGGCCUCGGAGAAGGUCAGUAUCUCACACAAGGAAAGGAUUGAAGAGAAGUACGAGGACGAGAAGGAAUCUGCGAAGGCAACGGUGAUCACGAGAACAGUAAAAGAUGUACACAGCUCGGUGAAAACUGAUGCAGGCAGACGAGAAGAGAAAACGGAAAUAAGAAAAGACGAGCGUCGGGAGGACAAAAGAUCGAAUUCUCAAACAGAUCGUCGGGGAGACGAGAGAUCAGAUUCUCUCACAGAACGCAAGGAAGAAAAGGCAUCAACCUCGCGCACAGACAAAAGCAGGCUCGACCGGCGCGAUGAACCGCCGGGAAGACAAAGUAGACGUGAGCAUCGCGAUCCACCGAGAAGAGCGACGACAGGAAACGACGUCAGAGUCACGUCAAAGUCGAGACUCUCGCAAAGACCGGCGGGACGAGAGCAAAGGAUCCACAUCCAAGUCCGAGCGACGCGACGAAGACCGUGUCAACAGCAUCGCCAAGACAGCCGCGACAACAGCUGCUGACAGCGUGUCUCACACCAGCAAGUCGACGACGAAAGAAGAUUCCAGAACAGAAGGCAGCAAGAAGGCGGCGGAGAAGUCCUCUUCCAGGCCAUCUUCGUCGAAAGAAAACAAACCUACAUCCUCAUCAACCCAGAAAAAUGGC